AGAGGCACUUUAAAUGGUAGCAUUUGUGUGAUUACUCCCCUUUACCAUGAGUUUGAAUGCGAUUGGUUAACUCUGAACACAGCCACAUUUGCUGUUAUAAGAGGGUGUACACACUUGUGCAACCACAUUAUCUCAGUUGAUUAUUUUUUACUUCCCCUCUUGAAAAGAUUAAAGUUGUUUUCAAUUCACUUGUACAGGUUAUUGGUCUCAAUAAUUGUUGUACAAGUUUUGGAAUGAUUUACCCUGGUCUCAUUAUUUCAUAUCCCCAAAAUCUGGCAUUUGACCAGGGGUGUGCAGCCUUUUUAUGUCCACUGUCCAUAUAUAAGUCAACCAGAAAUUCAUGUUAUUCUUUAAUACAAUAAAAAAAGCAUCUUUAUUUUAGUCAUUAUUAUUUUUUAUUUUACUAUUUUAUUUAAAUUAUAAUAACAUUUAUAAAUUGUCCUCAACAUUCUGUAUUUGAAAACAACAUGAAAAAUAAGCACAAUAAAUAAGAGAAAAAAUGAAUAAUGUUAUCAAACUCAUGAUCCUGUUGCAUCCAAUAAAAUGUAAAAAAAAAGAAAUCAGUUGUACGGCAUGUUUGUUGAAAUUAACACAAUUGAUUAUGUGAAUGGAAUUAGCCUUGUUGAUGUGUGGGCAGGUGAUCCCGGUGUCCGUUCUUGUUGCUGUGGUUAUGAAUGAUCGGCCCCAGGGAGGAGUGUAGAGUAGCAGGGUGGCGCGUGGAGCAAGUUGAAAAUAGAGUCAGUCAGUGAAGGCAGGAAGAAGAAGUUCGUCUACAUUGUGCUGCUAUUUUCCCAUAAUGACAUGAUGCUUCUCCGUUUGGUGAUGAUCUUGCUCUGUCUCUCCCAAAAAGCCUUGGCGGAGGUUUCAUCCACAGAGGAUAGCUACAAUGUCAUCUCAGAGGGACAUGCCAGGACACGCAGGGCCAUUCUGGACAAAGGACUGUUCAUCGACAUCUUGACAAACAAUAAGACAAGUGUGGUGGAGGACGGCGGCAAGUAUUACACGUGGCGGCGCCUGGGUCCCGAGGACCAAAGAGCGCGGGAGCUGUGGGUGGACAUGAGCGACCCCGGGCACGGCCAAGUCCGAGUGCACGGCAUUUUGUCCAAUUCCUACCAGCAGGCCGCUAAAGUUGCCCUGUCGUUCGACUUCCCCUUUUAUGGACAUUACCUUAGGCAGGUUACCAUAGCAACAGGAGGCUUUAUCUUCACCGGUGAGCUCACCCACCGCAUGCUGACGUCCACACAGUACAUUGCACCACUGAUGGCUAAUUUUGACCCCAGCCACUCCAAAGAGUCUAAAGUGCAGUACAUGGAUAACGGUGAGGUGUUUGUGGUCCAGUGGGAGCGGGUACGACUGUUGGGCAAAGAGUCGGCGGGGGCCUUCACCUUCCAAGCCGCACUCUACAGGACAGGAAGCAUCUCCUUCAGUUACAAAGACAUACCACUCCCUCCCAGUGACAACAGUUUAGCUCAACAACCCGUUAAGGUUGGCCUGUCUGAUGCCUUCGUGGUCACAUCAUCGUCCCAGUCAGAAGGCGUACAAAGGCAGACGGUAUACGAGUACCAUCGGAUCGAGGUCGGCGCUGUUAAUAUCAGCAACUCCUCAGCGGUGGAGUUUAUGCCAUUGCCCAACAGAUGCCUGGUGGACAUCUUGAAAACCUUUGACCCGAGUUGCACCUGCCUACAACACGACAACUGUGAGUGCUGCAUCUCAUCCAAUCAGACUUCUGACUGCAGUUGGUGUAAUGUACUCCAGAGGUGUUCGGAUGGUAUGGAUCGACACAGGCAGGAAUGGUUGGACUUUGGCUGCUCGGAAGAGAGCAAAAGGACCAAUUGUGACGAUUACCCCGAGGAGGAGAGUUCUAUCACACCGGAAAUGUAUAAUGUGACCUUGUCGUCUGUGUUGCAAAAUGACUGCAAUGGUGAUGAUGCAGAGCGGGAUAUUCCUAGAAGUAGUUUUGGUUGGGCUAACACAGCAGUCUUGGUGGGUGUCGCAUCUGCUCUGGUCUUACUCCUGGCUCUGGCUCUUGUGGCUCUUUACAUCUACUGCCACCCGACUGCCACAUCGCCACUUUACUUCAUCCAGCGACACAAUAGCUACUGGCCCUCCUUGAAGUUCCACAAGCAGCAGCAGCAGCCUGGCUACACUGAAGUUGAGGGAGACGCUCAAGAGAGGAGCAGCAUGGUCGAAGCUGGACCAUGAUGGAGCUACAAAUACAAACCUAGACUAUUAUUGUUGUUUUUUUCCCAUUCACCAGUAAGCUAAAUUGAAGCUCAAAAAGUACUUUAUUGUGUUUUGCAAUAUAAAUAGACACAAUCAAAUCAAAGUAUGGAUCGGUGAAUCUGCAUAUAAAAGCUACAAAUAUCAA